AGCAGGCUGAGGCAGCGGUGGGGCGGGGAAGGAAGCUCAGAAGAUGAUUGCUGCAGAUUUCAUCACAGUCUGCCCUCAUCCUCACAGGUUGCUAUGUUACAAAGGCUGGGAGGGGCCAGCCCCUUGUGACACCAGUAGACAGAGAGUGACUCAGGCAGGGGAGGGGGCUGCUGCCCCAGGCACAUUCAAGUUAGCCCAGCUCUGGCUGUUUCACUGCUUCACUGCAAGAGCAGCAGCACUAAAGAAUGGCCAGCUGGGAUCUCCCCCUGCUGUCAAGAGCUGUCACACCACAAACACGGCUUCAGUUACACUUCAAACUUGCCCAUUUUUUUUUUCAACUCCCUAAUUUUGGGGGGAACGGCAAUACCCCAGGGUGGCCACCUACUCUUCUAUUUAGUCCACUGUCCGUGAGAGUCUUUCCUUUGAUUCCAAUGGGCUUUGAGUCAGGUCACAUGGUAGGGCCCAGACAGGCUGUUCCACACAAAUGUUGAUUCCUCAUCAAGGUUGCAGUUGCAUUCUUCAAUUCUAGGAUUUUCCCCAGACCCCUUUUAAGGAGCUGCUGGGUUUGUGCAUGUGGAGAUACCAACAAACGCUGCGCUAGGCAGCCAGCCAUUUUAUAGCUGUAUGUCUGCUCUGCUGGAUGUCCUCCUCUUCCACCUGCCGGAGGCCGGCGUGUGCUCCCUGGCACUGCCCUCGGACCAGCAGCUGGGCAGGAAGAGCAAAGAGACCCCCGAUGCCGAGCUGCUGAAGAGCGCCCGGGUGCAGGAGCAGGUGCGCAUGAGGAUGCUGCAGAAGAGCGGGUCUGCCCCCAGGACCAACGGAUCUGGGCUUGACUGCCUCGAGGUCAAAGGUAUCAGCUCCUCCCAGGGCCAGUACAACAACACCCUGCAGAAGUCCUUCAGCUCCCGAUCCCAGACCAAUGGCUUGGACCCCAAGGGCACUCUGUACCAGCCACCUGCCAAGAAUGGGUACAACAGCCUCAAGUCCACCAGCUGGUCCUCCCGCUCCACGGUGGACCUCGGUCCUCACAAGAGGAUGGCCACCAUCAGCAAUGGGGGUGUGCCCCCGGGCUCCGCCUACCGCAUGAAUCACACCCUCUCGCAGGCUGCCAGCGCCUCUUCCCGGCCCUGUUCCUUCCACGAGCGGCACUACCAAGCCCGGCCGAACUUCGACACCAUGUCGUUGCAUUCGAUGCGCCUGACGGACGGGGGAGGGCCCUCUACAGGCAUGGACGACCGCUACAGCAUAGUCUCUGAGAAGCUGGACCCGGGGACCCUCUACAGAGGCAGAAACAACGGCAGCUUCACCAGAUCCUACACCUUCGAGAGGCAGAUGAGUGCCGGCUCCAAUGCUGGGACCCAGGGGCCCGGUGACUGGAUGGACAGCGUGGAGGUGCCUCAGAACCGGACCAUCCGUGCGCCCGCCAUGCGCACCCUUCAGCGCUUCCAGAGCAACAACCGCUCCCGCCUCAGCUCCGGCUCCUUCGGCAGCCUCCCAGCUCCACCGCCAGUUGUGGGGAGCUCCUACGGGGGCAUGAUGGAGCGCAGCACCCGGGCCCCCUCUGUGCGCAGCCUGGCCGAGUCCAACCACCACCUGCAGGACCUGCGCACCCUCGACAUGUACAACGGCCACCACACCCUGGUGUCCCAGAACUCCUACUCCGGAGGGUUUGACGACAUUGACCUGCCGUCGGCAGUGAAAUACCUGAUGGCCAACGACCCCAACCUGCAGGUGCUGGGAGCUGCCUACAUCCAGCACAAGUGCUACAGUGACAAUGACGCCAAGAAGCAGGCUCGCAGCCUCCAGGCCGUGCCCAAGCUGGUGAAGCUUUUCAACUGCUCCAAUCAGGAGGUGCAGCGCCAUGCCACUGGCGCCAUGCGCAACUUCAUCUACGACAACGCUGAGAACAAGCUGGCGCUGGUGGAGGAGAACGGCAUCUAUGAGCUGAUGAGGACGCUGCGCGAGCAGGAUGACGAGCUGCGGAAGAACGUCACGGGGAUCCUGUGGAAUCUCUCCUCCAGCGACACCCUAAAGGACCGGCUGGCUCGGGACACGCUGGAGCAUCUCACCGACCUGGUCCUGACCCCGCUCUCCGGCACAGGCAGCGCCGCCAUCAUCCAGCAGAACGCCUCGGAAGCGGAGAUCUUCUACAACUCCACAGGCUUCCUCAGGAAUCUCAGCUCUGCCAGCCAGCAGACCCGGCAGAAGAUGCGUGAGUGCCACGGGCUGGUGGACUCCAUGAUCAAUUACAUCAACAGAGCUCUGGAGGUGGGGAAGUCAGAGGACAAGAGUGUGGAGAACGCCGUGUGUGUGCUGCGGAACCUCUCCUAUCGCCUGUACGACGAGAUGCCCCCUUCCUCGCUGCAGCGGCUGGAGGGGCACCGGAGGGGCGAUAACACUGCUGGGACAGGGGAGCUGGUGGGCUGCUUCAGUCCCCAGGGCAGGAGAACGCGAGAGCACAUGAACACAGACCUGGUGACCUUCACGGAAGUCUCCAAGGACCCCAAGGGGAUGGAGUGGCUCUGGAACCCGCAGAUCGUGGGCAUCUACAACCGGCUGCUGCAGCGCUGCGAGCUGAACAAGCACACCACGGAGGCGGCCUCGGGGGCGCUGCAGAACAUCACGGCCGGAGACCGGCGGUGGGCCGGGGUUCUGAGCAGGGUGGCACUGGAGCAGGAGCGGAUCCUGAACCCCGUGCUGGACCGAGUCCGCACGGCCGACCAUCACCAGCUGCGCUCCCUGACCGGGCUGAUCCGCAACCUGUCCCGCAACACGCGCAACAAGGACGAGAUGGCAACCAAGGUGGUGAACCAUCUGAUUGAGAAGCUCCCCGGGAGCGUGGGCGAGAAGGAGCCCCCGGCCGAUGUCAUCGUGAACAUCGUGGCCGUGCUGAACAACCUGGUGGUGGGGAGCUCCGUUGCCGCCCGCGACAUCGUCUACUUCGACGGCCUCCGGAAGCUCUUCUACAUCAAGAAGAAAAGGGACAGCUCGGACAGCGAGAAGUCCUCCAGGGCGGCGUCCAGCCUGCUGGCCAACAUGUGGCAGUACGCCAAGCUUCACCGGGACUACAAGAUGAAGGGCUACCGGAAGGAGGAUUUCCUAGCUCUGUAAGGACGGGAGUCCCAGGAGCAGCUGAGCCCGGACUGACCAGCCCUGACUCACCCAGUGAAAAGGAUCCUCUCAGCAGCACAGGCUGCAGCGUGUCUCCCCUUGCUGCAGCUCCCAUCCUCCUCCUCCCUCGCGACCCCGCAGCAGCUUGGCUGGCCUGUCUCAUUUCUGCCCCCGUUCCAGCUUCGUCUUCAAGCCAGCCGGGAGCCGCUCCUCCGCGGGGAACAUCGGCCUUUGCUCCAGCCGCACUGCUCUGUGCAGGCCCGGGGGAGAGAUCAAAGGAUUCCCCUCCCUCUGGCAGGCCCUGCGGAUGUCACACGAGUCCUGCCAGCACCUGUGAGGACACCAAGAGGUCGUUGCAAGGUCUUCUUGGACCUCUGGAUUACUCCUACCCCAGUAUGUCUCUAUGUAACUAUUCCCCGUGCACCCCGCUCCUCCAGGAACUUGUAUUUUAUAAAUGAAGGGGGAUCUCAGCUCCUUCCUGGGGGCUAGGCUGCAGAGCGGAAGGGUGCACACAGGGGGACACUGGUGUCAGGAGCCUCCGGCUUCCUGGGGUUCCUGGGGCCGUGGUGAGGGGCUGGGGCUUAUAUCAUGCUCACAAACGUGUUGGGAAGAGGGGUGGCUAUGGGGUGGGCUUGCGGCUCGGGGUUGAAAGGAAUAAGGCGAGACGGUCUGUUAACAAGCCCAGGCCUGGUCGGAGGCGACCGUCCGGAGCCGGGGACAGAAACGUGAAGCUACUCAGAACUUCCCAGGCGUGGUCUUCAGCCUGGCUUCUGUAGAGCGAGUUACCUUGUAAACCAGGGUCCCACUGACAACCAGACCCUCCUCCCAGGGACCCUUCCCCUCUGGUGCCUGUCCAGGGGUGAGCUGGCAGGCCCUGUGCCAAUCGGGGCAGCUCCCUCCCUAAAGCAGCUCCAGGGCCAGUCUGACUCUGGAGUUCCCCACCUGUUUCCGGAUUGCGUUCUAGGUCAGCCCAGCAGCACUUCAGCAGCUCGCUAGCUGGGGGGGUGCGUGGUGUGAUCUGACAGUGACCCGGGCCUGGUUACUCCCCAGUGCACGUGUCUCUCACGGGGCCCCAGCUCUCGUGAGUUGCCACCGUUUGUGUGAGGUGUAUUCAGCCCAGAUGCCAGAGCGGGGCACGUUCUGGGCUGCCGGCCCAGGCACUCCAAGCAGGCUGGGCUUGGUCCCCACGCUCCCUUUGCUGGCUGCAGCGCCCCGAGGCGCUGGUGGGUGGGGUGGGAGCGCUGCCUGUUGGCCGGGUUUCGCUCCCUGCUCCCAACGGCCCGAUACAAAGAGCUGGGAAAGCAGUUACUGCCGGAACAAACCAAACUCUCCAGGGAAACUUCAGUGCCUGAGCACGUGUGAGAUCUUCCCCUUAUGUAAGAGGGAUGGGCCAAGCCAGUGGCUACAGGGAGCCAGUCUGAGCUGCCUGGGAGGAUUAUCAAUCCCAAUGGCCUAGUGCUCGCCUGGCAGACGGGCCACACCUGUGGGAUGGAGGGCGCCGCUCUGUUGGGUAUUAAAGACUCCCGGGCGCUCCUGCCGCACGCAGCAUCCUUCCCGGGUUCCAGACUGGAGCAGGACAUUCUGCCCAGUUUCAGCUUCAUUUCUCUUUCUGAAGGCUGGCUCAGAGCCGCGCCCGUGCUCCCUGCAGAGGGGGCUGCAGUUCACUGGCUGGGGAGGGUGCAGGGGCUUGGCUUAGCUGCACCUGCAGCCAGCAGCACUUAAGAGGCAAAAGCGGAUGAAGCUCCUGGCUUGGCCUGUGCUGUUUGGGUGGAGGACGGUAGCUUUAAGCAGCCUUCCUGCUCCCUCGGCUGCCUUGUGUGAUAGGAAGGAGGCUGGGUGGGGGCUGCUGACGGGGAGCUGCUCUCUGCUUUGGCAAAGCACAGCACA